CCUCCCCUUCAGUCUUGUACAGGUGUACCAGCUCCUCCCCUUCAGUCUUGUACAGGUGUACCAGCUCCUCCCCUUCAGCCUUGUACAGGUGUACCAGCUCCUCCCCUUCAGUCUUGCACAGUUGUUCCAGCUCCUCCCCUUCAGUAUUGCACAGGUGUACAGGCUCAUCUCCUUCAGUCUUGCACAGGUGUACCCGCUCCUCCCCUUCAGUCUUGCACAGGUGUACCGGCUCCUCCCCUUCAGUCUUGCACAGGUGUUCCAGCUCCUCCCCUUCAGUCUUGCACAGGUGUACCUGCCCCUCCCCUUCAGUCUUGCACAGGUAUACCGGCUCCUCCCCUUCAGUCGUGCACAGGUGUACCAGCUCCUCCCCUUCAGUCUUGCACAGGUGUACCGGCUCCUCCCCUUCAGUCUUGCACAGGUGUACCGGCUCCUCCCCUUCAGUCCUGUACAGGUGUACCGGCUCCUCCCCUUCAGUCUUGCACAGGUGUACCAGCUCCUCCCCUUCAGUUCUGUACAGGUGUACCGGCUCCUUCCCUCCAGUCUUGCACAGGUGUACUGGCUCCUCCCCUUCAGUCUUGCACAGGUGUAUUGGCUCCUCCCCUUCAGCCUUGCACAGGUGUUCCAGCUCCUCCCCUUCAGUCCUGCACAGGUGUACCGGCUCCUCCCCUUCAGUCUUGCACAGGUGUACCGGCUCCUCUCCUUCAGUCCUGCAGAGGUGUACCGGCUCCUCCCCUUCACUCU